CAACCGGCUCGAAAACUGCAUCUCAAACUCGUUAUUAAAUUAAAAGUAAAACACGAAUUAUAAUGAGCCUGCAAGAUAAAGUUGCCAUUGUGACGGGUUCGAGUUCGGGGAUUGGAGCAGCUAUUGCAGUAAAAUUUAACAGCGAAGGAGCCAAGGUGGUGCUCGUGGGCCGCAAUGAAGCCAAACUAAAGGCAGUUGCGGCGAAGUGCAUUGACGCACUUGUCGUCAGAGCCGAGUUCUCCAAAGACGACGACAUCAAGCGUGUUCUCGACGAAACAAUAAAAAAAUUUGGCAAACUUGACAUUCUUGUGAACAACGCCGGCACACACGUUUUGGGGAGUCUUCUAAAUGGAGAUGUAAUGAAAUCACUGGAUGAAGUUUUCCAGGUUAACUUUUGUGCUGUUGUAUAUUUAACAAAAUUGGCAGCGCCGUACCUGAUACAAACAAAGGGAAACAUAAUAAACAUCUCUAGUAUCGAAGGACAGCGUGUGUCCUGCUUUCCCGUUAUGAUGAUGUACUCUUCGUCGAAGGCGGCAUUAGACACCUUCUCGAGGGAAGCUGCACUAGAGCUGUCCUCUCACGGGGUUAGGAUAAACGUGAUCAGUCCCGGGCCAGUGAAGACAGACAUUUUGAAUAACACAAACACUGAUUAUCUUAGUUGGGAGAGCAUUGCGAAUAUGACGGCGCUCCACAGAGUGGCCGAGUCUAAGGAGAUCGCGGAGUUAGCUUUCUUCCUUGCUUCGGAUAAAGCUAAAGGAAUAACUGGCUCAGUGUGUGUCUACGACAAUGGAAUGUUACUCAAGAAUUAUAAUUAAUUUUCAUGAUUGAAUGAAAUAAUUAUGAUUUAUACAAUUAAA